AAAAAAAAACUCGGAUUUGGAUAUAUAUAAAUAAACCAUGUUCAUCACCCCCAUUUCCAAUCACCCUUAACCUCCCCCCAUUUUAAUCCUCACCUUGCCUUCACCAUCCCCAAGGUUUUUUUUUUUUUUUUAACAGUUGCCUCCAUUACCUUAUAACCCAAGUCAGAAUCAUCCCUUACCCAAAAAAGCACAUUCCCCUUUGAUCCCAUACCCUCUUUCUCUUUCUUCAUAACUUUAUAUUUAUAUAUAUUUAUAUAUUUCAUGAAAGACGACACUGCAACAACAACCGAGCUGAUCCAAAACCAGCACCAAAAAGGGAACCAAGAGAUGUGCAGAGCCACGGAAGUCGUUUCCACCGUUGAACGAGUCGUCGACAUGUCGUCGCCGGUCAUGUCACAGGAUGAACUUAACUUGAUCCCUCCUUUGAACUUUGCUAUGGUUGACAAUGGCAUUUUCAGGUCAGGUUUCCCUGAUUCUGCCAACUUCUCUUUUCUUCAAACACUUCGUCUUCGUGCCAUCAUAUAUUUGUGUCCUGAACCAUACCCAGAAGCCAACAAUGAAUUUUUAAAGUCUAAUGGAAUCAAGCUGUUCCAGUUUGGAAUUGAAGGUUACAAGGAGCCAUUUGUAAAUAUUCCACAGGACACAAUCCGCGAAGCUCUAAAAACUCUACUUGAUGUAAGGAAUCAUCCAGUUUUAAUUCACUGUAAACGAGGAAAGCACCGAACCGGUUGUCUCGUCGGAUGCUUGAGGAAAUUACAAAGAUGGUGUUUGUCAUCCAUAUUCGAUGAGUACCAAAGAUUUGCUGCGGCAAAAGCUAGAGUUUCCGAUCAAAGGUUCAUGGAAUUGUUCGAUAUUUCUAGCCUGAAGCAUCUACCAAUGUCGUUUUCUUGCUUGAAAAGGUAAUGAGUUCCCUGAAUUCGAAUAAAAGUCAUACAUAAAAGCAAAUGUCCGGUUGCCAUGGCAGAUGCAACGAUUAUCCGAGUAGUUAUAUAUAUAUAAACCAUGUUUCAUUCUGGAAAUCAUUGUUAGGUUUGUUUUAAGGUUUUUCAGACAUAUUUUUACAGCUAUUCUUAUUGUCAUGAUUAUAGACAAGGCAGGUAGAUUUAAAGCAAUGUAAACACAUGAUUCUUGUUGACUACUUCAAUAAUUACCAAUAUUUCAUAUACAAAA